ACAAAAUUUCUAAAAGUUUCCAUUACAAACCAUCAGCUAACCAUUAAAAUCAUUACUAUUACUUGUCCUUAAUGGUAUCCACUAGACAAAACAUGCCACCAAUAGAAUGCAACAAAUUACCAGUAGACACUUACAGGGACCAUUAUAGUGUCCAUUAAAACCAAUACAAUUCCCAUUAUAACCAUUACAAGUUCUAUGAAGGUUUCUAUUGUUUUUUUUUUCAGCAGUCAAACUGUUUUUUGCACAUAAUGUUUAAACCUGAGACUUUUUUAUGUGGACUAGAUUCUACUGUAGUCAGUUUUAUAGUUUAGGUGUAAGUUAAGGCUGAUUUAACUGGUUUCUUUCUUCUUUUUUUUUUUUUUUUUUUUUAGAGGAAAAACCCUUUUACAUUCCCUCUCAUAGCUACUGUGACACGGAUUUCACAAGACUGCUGUGAACACACCACUCAGUAGCAUUGGUCAGGAGAGAAGGAGGAUCCAGAAAUAGGAAAAUAAGGCAGGAGGUCCUUAUUGCUCCCAUACUGCACUGGUCUGUUGUGUAGUGUGUAGUUGUGUGGUGUGUAGUGUUGUCGUGUGUAGUCUUGUGUUGUGUAGUGUAGUGUGCAGUGUGUUGUGUAGUGUGUGGUGUAGUGUUGUGGUGUGUAAUGUAGUGGUGUGUUGUGUAGUGUGUGGUGUAGUGUGUGCUGUAGUGUUGUGGUGUGUAAUGUAGUGGUGUGGUGUGUAGUGUUGUGUUGUGUAGUGGUGUGGUGUGUAAUGUUGUGUAGUGUUGUGUUGUGUAGUGUGUGGUGUAGUGUUGUGGUGUGUAGUGUUGUGUAGUGUGUGGUGUAGUGUUGUGGUGUGUUGUGUAGGAGAGCACUAUGCAAACACUUAAGCUGAGUUGUGUAGGUGUAAAGCUGCUGAUCGCAUGUUACAACGUUUCCACUGAAUCAGAUCAGAUCAGAUCAGCUCAUGUCGGCAGGAAUCGGACAUAACACCACAGUAGGCUGUUACAGUCUAUUAAACUAGGCACGGACAUAAAGCGUAUGGUUUAUUGCUUGGGAAUUAUAACUUCAUCGACUGUCAGUGUGGCAGCGUAAAACUGAAACUAACAACGAAACACACACACACACACACACACACACACACACACACAACUACAUUCUCGGAAUAGCGCUGAAAUGUCAGGCGUGUGUGUUUGGAGGGGGAAUUUAGUUUCUACUGCUUCUUCUUCUCGGCUCCUGUUCUUUUGACUCUGCCAUGGAAACCAUCCAGACCAACCAAGACGACAAGAAGUUGAACGAGUGUUUUGAGAGGACCGUUUCAGCUCUAACCGUGGACGAUGUGUACAACAUUGCCAAACUGAUCGGCUCCGACGUGGAGAAGCUCAUCGACAGCUAUGGCAGAACUAGUGUUGAGAGUUUGGUGCCGAAAAUAGUGAAAGUGCUGGAGCUCUUGGAGAGUUUCACAGCCAGCUACCACACACAGAAAUCUAAAGAGGAGAGUCUACUCAGGGCGUUUGAAACACUACAGGUUCAACAGCACGAGUGCAACAAGACGGACGCUCGCCAGGAAUGGCAGCACAAGGAACAGAAAUUGAGGCUGGAGAUGGAGGCAUUGCAGAAGGAGGUGCUGCACCUACAGGAGGAGAACCAAGAACUGCUGGGUCGCCUGCAGAGCUCCCUCUCUAAAGAAGACCGUACACAGCGUCAGGAGAGAGAGGUGAUGCUCAAACUUAAAGAGGUGGUGGAUAAACAGCGUGACGAGCUCCGAGCCAAAGUGCAGGAGAUAUCCAAGAUGUCUAAAGAAGUGGAAGCGCUUCAGGAGCAGUUGGAUCGCUUUAUGAAGAUGAACGGAGAGCUGCGGAGUAAACAGAACAUGAUGCAAGUUCAGCUGAAGAGUGCCGCAGAAAGGAGGGUAGACCUCGAGGUUGACCUGAGUGAGAAAGACAAAGAGAUAGAGCGACUUGUCGCAAAGCUGGAGCAGGCCAAGGCAGACACUGCUCCUAACACGAAGAGUCCAGCUGUUGACAUGACAUAUAAGGUGACCGUUGACCCAAAUAAGCCAUGCUUCACCAAGCAGGAAGUGCGAGACAUUUUGUUUGAGAGGAAUGAGCUAAAGGCCAAUCUCUUCCUGGUGCAAGAAGAGCUCGCCUUCUACCAGCGGGAGAUCCUGAAUGAUGAGAGAUAUCCUGGCUUCUUACUGGGAGCAGUGCGUGGCGCAAUAAAGAAACAGAGGACCAUCAUUAAAGCCAAAAUGCUGGGUAUACCAGAGGAUGACUGCAGCAGUGAUGAAGAGAAAGGUCCUUUGUUUGAGAAGAGAAAGGAUGAAGACUGCCCUGACAGCAAACCUCCAGAAUCACGGAUCAGAACCCUCUUUGGCUACCUGAGCCGCUCAGGCAGUGAUAGGAGUGGACAUCAGAUCAACAGUUCUGCGUGGGAAAUCAUCAACACAGAGGAGAACCUACCGGAAGUGGAGAAUGGGCCUGGAGGCUCUCCCUGAGAACUUUCAUAUUUUUCUCCAUUCACCGCACCAGGGAAGAGUGUGGACCAAACCAAACUAAAUAAAAACAUAUGCACAGAGAUGUAUAGCUCAGCAAUGAAAGCAAAUUAGUAAGGGGUUUUUAUGCUGUUUUGUACCAGAAGGCUGUAAUUUUGAACCACAGGACUGGUGGGCUGGUAGGGUUAGACCCCAAAAUCUUAACUGUUCAGGGUCAAUGUACAGAUGUGCUGACUGAGAUUCCUGUCAAAGAUGCGAUUUCUGUAGAAAAACAAAACAAAAAGCUCAAACACAGAAGUAGUAAUAUUAAAUUAAAAAGACAUCAUGGAGAACUUUUGGAUUGUAUGAGAGUAGUUUGGUAACAAAAUGGAGAAAAGAAGAGAGGAUAGAUAAUACCAUAAUCAGUAAUUAUAACUAUCUUUGUCACCGUAAUGGUGUUUAUUAAUUAAAUAUUAAAAAGAAAGCACUGGAAAUGAGCACAAACAUUUUAUUUUGUAUACUAAAAAUCUGUAUUUGUAACAGAUAGUGUACUUUUAGUUUGGUGUUAAUAUGAUAUACAUUGUAAAUGUAUAUGAGGAAACAGCAGCAGUAUGUUAUACAAAAGUUUAAUGUGGUAUUUUUUUUGUAAAGAUUGUACUUUAGUAUGAUCUUUAAAGCCAAAGAUGCCAGCUUAUAUUAGAACAAUCAGCAAAGAUAAUCACGCUGGUGCUCUUUUCUGCCAGCAGGGGGCAUUACAAAGUUUGAUAUUUUUUGGUGUUAAUUUUUGGUUAAUUCAUAGGACAUUUGGUUUGUGCUUUUGAAUUGACUCAGCUUGACGAUGAUAUUGUUUUAAUGUUGUUGUUUUUUUUUUUCCAAUAAUCUGAAAUAGUAAAUCACUAAUUUGUACAGACGUAUGUAAUGCUUUUCACCAUUUGUGUUCAGACACAGCAUCUUUCUUUAAACAAAUUGUAUUCUUUUAGUUUAUGAGACUCUAUUGAAGUGGUCUGUGCAUUUAAAUGCAAUAGAACCCGGAUAAAGUAUAAACGUAUAUAAAGGAUGGCUUUUAUCCUUAAAAUUUUGCAUGAGAAUCAGUUUGCCAGCUUAUGUUUAGAUGUAUUAAUAACUGGUAAGGUGAAGAACCUGCUGGACAUGAGCUAGAUUAAAACUCUAACCCUAAACAUUUGUUGGAAGGUCAAAGGUUUUGUGUGAUGUCAUUUAAAGGAAGCCUCCGUUUCCUUUAGGGAAGCUCAGACAGAAUAGUCUGGUGUUCAGAAAGACACCAAGACUACCUCUGUCCUGUUUAUACCCAUUUAAACAUACUGCACUUAUUGUUUGCUCAGAGUGAACGUUGCUAUUUUUGUAUGGAUAUGUACAAUACUUGCCUUUGCGAUAUAAAUCUGAAUAAAUUUUUCAUAAGUGUU